UCUCUCAUUAGCUUGACUUGAAAUAGCAUUAUAUAUCAAACUCUCCGUCUUCCACAACGCCUUGUUCCACAAGAUAAUAUCACCUCUAUUUUUUCUUGCCUCUUUCUCCGAUCCUUCUUCUUCAUUAUCAACAAAACCUUCUCUCUCUUUCUCUCUCGCUUUCUCUCUCAUUUCCGAGCAAAUCUUUACUCAGUUUUAUUAUAUAUAUAUAUAUAUAUAUAUUCUAUUUAUAUUCAAGUCUCUGUCAGAGCUUCGGACCUCGAGAAAAUGAAGAAAGUGAUAGUGAAAUUGGACUUGCACGAUGACAAAGGAAAGCAAAAGGCUUUGAAAACUGUUUCUAGCCUUUCAGGCAUCGAUUCCAUCUCCAUGGACAUGAAGGAAAAGAAACUGACAGUGAUUGGAGAUGUAGACCCAGUUAAUGUGGUAAGCAAAUUAAGAAAAUUCUGGUACACAGAGAUAGUAUCAGUUGGGCCGGCAAAAGAAGAGAAGAAGAAAGAAGAUGGAAAGAAAGACGAAGGAAAGAAAGACGAGGGAAAAAAAGAUGGAGGAAAGAAAGACGAAAAAGAUCAAAUUGCUGAACUUGUCAAAGCCUAUAAAGCUUAUAAUCCCUACAUGACCUCCUACUACUAUGUUCAAAGUGCUGAGGAAAAUCCUAAUGCUUGUGUUAUAUGUUAAAAUUUUCAUGAAAUUUUGGAAAUGACCCGGUUGAGAAAAAAUGUUAAAAACUUUUUUAGCUAUCGUUUGGUCCAAAUGAUAAGACAAGGAAAAUGGAAAAUGGGUUUGGUUUCUAUAAGACAAGGAAAAUGGAAAAUGGAUAAUGGGUUUGGUUCCUAUGUAAAUAAUAUAGUACUUGCACCAUAAAGAAUGUGGUAUAUAAACUAUAGAGACUUUUUUAAUUAAAGUAUUGGUAUUUUUCAUUCCA